GAGACAGGGCGGGGAAGAAUGUCGACGUCAAUAAUUCUCAAUUGUUCUGGGACGGACAGGACAGGAAAAAAGAAAAAAGAAAAGAAAAAUAAAACUCAAAGACGAUAAGUAGUUUAAUUUUAAUAAUGACUAGUGUUGUUUUCCUGGGGUGUAUCGGCCAGUUCGGUUUACAAUCGUUCUUUUACCGAUUUACUCUUUUCUAUUUGCUGGAUUUUAUAAAUGGGAGAUUCUGGACUUGAGGUGGAAGGAUGUUGGAAGUUUGAUAUUGACUUGAGCCAGCCAAUGAGUGUUGUUAAGACGAGAAUAAGACUGACCUGUUAUAAUCUGACUUAAGCCAUUUGACUUCUAGGAAUGCCUGGCAUAUUUAUGCUUUUUUUUCUGCACAGGAUGCUGAUAGUCGGUUGUGCCGAAAGUCUAGUCAAACUGAACUAUUCCAUACACUAUUGACUGAGUUUCUCCAUUCCAUCAUACUGGGGGAAAGCGAUUGGACCGGGGACUAUUUUCCGCUUGGAUUGAUCAGAUUGAACGAAGACCACUGGUACUCAUGGUUUGGGUGGUACAAUUGGCCUCCUACCGGACUCAUGACUUGCUAAAUAGUAUGGUAGUUGGUAGGGAGUAGUAGUGAUCGAGAACGAAUCUAGAAAUGUGAAGCUGGUCGGUAUUACGGGAAGAUCCAGAGCGGUGGGAAAAAUAGAUGUUACUCACUGUACUCUGGACCCGGAGUCACAGCGCCAAAAGGGUCCAGAAGUCCAGACAAAGAGAAGAGCACUCCAGAUCCGGACGAUCACCAAGUCAUACUCCUUCUGCCACCAAACUCAGAUCAGCAAGUUAUCCAUCAAGCAAGAGUCAUUAAUCCCAGACUCCAUCCAAUUUCCUGAACCACCACUUGACCACCACUUGACCAAUACUCGAACAUUCUCCAUUCCCAAGGGUCCAUCCCCAAUAUGAGGCCAGAAAGUGGGUCUCAGGCUUUGGGAGGCAAAAAAUCUGAUGGAAUUUUUGAAAGGUCCGUGUAUCUCCCGUUACGGUAUCGUCAGCUUUUUGUGGACAUAGGGGUUAGGCGACUUGCAGUGGUGGUGCUCCAUAAUUAACACCGUUCUACAAUAGGUUAGGAAGAGUAAGCAUGGUCAAUAUCAGA